GGUCGCCAUGGCGACGCCGCGGCACCGAGGGCGGCGCGGCUCGCAGAACCUGCAGAGCAGCCGGGGCGCGGCGCGGGGAGCUCGUGGGCCGGUGGGCGGCGCGGCCGGGACAAGCUCGGGGCCGGGAGCCUGGCCAGCUAUCGCAUCUGGCUCUUACCUCACCUGCUCUCCCCGGCCCGGGGGCCAUGGAACAGGGCCCGAGGUUAAAGAGCUCGUCCUUCUCCUUCCUGAGCGGUCAACCUUGGGUCCCGGGUCUACCUGUGUGCCGAGUCUCUUCUGAAGUUAGAAUGGAGAGCUGCCACCUCAGCAUGGAGAGCCGUACCAGCAUGGCAUCCAGCCCCGGAGCGCUGCCCUACUAUGUGGCUUUCUCCCAACUGCUGGGCCUGAUGGUCGUGGCCAUGACUGGUGCCUGGCUCGGUCUGUACCGAGGAGGCAUUGCCUGGGAGGGGACCCUGCAGUUUAACGUGCACCCCCUGUGCAUGGUCAUAGGCCUCGUCUUCCUGCAGGGAGAUGCCCUGCUGGUUUAUCGUGUCUUCAGGAACGAGGCCAAACGCACAACCAAAGUCCUGCACGGGCUGCUGCAUGUCUUUGCGUUCAUCAUCGCCCUGGUGGGCCUGGUCGCGGUGUUCGACUACCACAGGAAGAAGGGCUAUGCCGACCUGUACAGCCUGCACAGCUGGUGUGGCAUGCUUGUCUUUGUGCUCUGCUUUGUACAGUGGCUGGUGGGCUUUAGUUUCUUCCUGUUCCCCGGAGCUUCGUUUUCUCUGCGGAACCGCUACCGCCCACAGCAUGUCUUCUUUGGUGCCACCAUCUUCCUCCUCUCUGUGGGCACAGCCCUGCUGGGCCUGAAGGAGGAGCUGCUGUUUACACUCGGGUCCAAGUACAGCACUUUCGAGCCGGAGGGUGUCCUGGCCAACGUGCUGGGCCUGCUGCUGGUCAGCUUUGGCGUGGUUGUGCUCUACAUCUUGACUCGCGCCGAGUGGAAGCGGCCCCCCCAGGCAGAAGAACAAGCUCUUUCCAUGGACUUCAAGACGCUGACAGAGGGCGAUAGCCCCAGCUCCCAGUGACUGGCUGUCCUUGUCCUGUGGGGAGGGGCCUGCGUCUGGCAGGUGUCCUCAGGUCCGGGGGUGUGACAGGUGUCUUUCUCACAGCCACUGAGGCUGCCUUCAGGAUUCCUGGCUCCCCAGGAUGGCUGGGCUGAGUGGGUAGGGAGUGUGGGGGCAGUGUGCCUCUUUGAGCAGUGAUUCCUGGGGCUUAGGGCUUGGCCGCCUCUGCUUUCCUCUUUGCUGCUGCUUUAGUGUCCUGUCAUAGUCCCCUACCCCUAAUGUCCCGUCAUUCCCUCAAAUGGAGCAGCUUUGGGUAGGCUUUUGGGUAGUCAGUUCUGGUUGCAGAAACUCAGAUCCCUAAAGGAGAUGGAAAGCACCCCCUGCCUUGAGCCCGCAGAUGCUGGGUCCAGUCCAGGGCCUGCAGAGAGCACAAAGCAGUGGGAGAAACCCUGGGGCCUCAGCAACGGGCCCGGCAAAGCCAAGACUUGCUUUGUGAAGCUGAAUUCAAACCAGGAGUCUCGCUAGUCUGAGUAACAUGUGGUGUGAUUGGGCCCCGACUUUGGCAGUGGAGCAAGUGAUAUUAUGUGUAAACUAUGUUGGUGUUCAGAUCGAGGGUCCCCAGGAGAGGGGAGGGACUGGCCCCUGGGAAGCUCUGGAGAGUGGCUUUGGCCUGGCUGUGCUGUGGAGCCUUCCCUUUCUUUAACUCUUUGGCCCCAGGACGGCUUUGCUGGGAGAGGGGAUAGGAGCACAGGACUUCAGAGAAACCUACCCUUGGCAGCUGAAGAGGAGGAAAGAGAUGCCCCCCUUCCCCCGCCCUGCGUUGGCUCUGGUGGGUGGUGGGUUACCGUGCAGCUCAGCCUGCGAGCUCCCACGUCCCCACCUUCAUGAGCCAGCACAGGCACUGUUCUGACCAGAGGUGAGGACACAAACCUUUUUUUUUAAACGAAAAGCUGCUGCUGUUACCCACUUUCUUUUUAUAUGGUGUGUGUGUGUGUGGGGGGGGCCUGCUGCCUGCUUCUGUUCAAGGGGAGGGCUUCAUACACCCUUAGCUUACGGGGGCCCAUCCUUGCAGGAAGUUGGGGCUGAGUUGGAAUCAGAUUAAUCCCCCCAACCCCAUACGUGUGUUAUGCUGUUAGCUGAGUCACUGUUUGGCUUCAGUUUAGAAAUAAUGUGAUUAGAGCAUUGAUCGUGUACUUCUUGGACUUGGCAAAUAUUCUCUCCUUGUUUUCCUCAUUUUCUGGCCUUUGAGGAGCAUGACACAGUUUGAGACAGACACAGGUUACUUAAAUGAGGAAAUUCAUGAAAUUUCCAAAUCUAUUGUUCUUUUAACGGCUGCCUUUUCCACACCGAAAUGCUGCCUUAGAGAAAGGGGCUAGUCAUCCUCUACUGCCCAGAUUUCUAAUCCUCAGCUUUGGCAGUGGGUCCUGCCUUCUGCAGAGCCUCUCCCGUCUCCACUGCAGCCCGGACGAGAGGGUGUUGGCCCUGUUUAGAAUGGGCAGGGGCAGGGGUGCCAUCAAUUCUUUUCAUCACCUGGUACACACUCAUGUAGUCCAGUGUUUACAUGUAGGAAAAACUCCACCUUAGACAAACUACCAAAGUACAUUUGUCUCCCUUGUCAGAAUGCCACAGAGAGACACAGAACCUCAGGUUUGCAGUGUGAGUCUAUAAACUGGUCUGUCUGCCACAGUGUGUGUUGGAUGACUAGGGAACGAAAAGGCCGCCCCGAAAGCUGAUCCAGUGGUUUAUUUUACUUUGCCUGUGGCCAAUCUUCUGUGAAGUACAAUGUAGUGUUGGUGCAACAGAUUUAAUAAAUGUCUACAGCAGA